AUGCAGAAAUUGCCCGAGCUCGGACACCUCCACCAAGCUAUUGAGAGUCUACGCGCGGAAAACAAGACAGCGAACGAGAGCAACAUCCGCGAAUCGAGAACCAUCAGGAUUGCUUUGCAGCAGAAUAUGGCCGAACUGAAGGAAAACACCAACACAACGCGCGCAGCCAGCGCGGCUGCCAAGGAGGCUUGGAAAGCCAGCGAGCUGGCGGUCAAGGUCGUGAAGGAUAUCAAAGCACUGGAGCCGAUGAAUCAGGGGAACACCGUGCAAGACCCUAUCACCAUUGCCAGCAUAAGAGCCAUGAACCCCCGUAGCCUUAAGGCGCACGUAGACCGCGCCAUCGAACAAAGCAGCAACGAGCAUAUCCGCAAGCUCAAGACCGUGUCCGCCAAUCAACUCAAGAGCGGCGACCUGAGCGUCAAGACAGCAACGACGAAAGACAUGGAGGCCCUCCGGCAGUUUGCCGAGGACUGGGAAAACCACAUCGGCAACGGAGCCGCCGUGAGGAUCCCAACCUACGGAGUGCUGGCGCACGGCAUCAGAACCAGCUCCAUGAACAUGGAUCGCUUUACAGAAAUCAGAGACGACCUGCUGCAGGACAACAAAGCAUUCAUCCCCAGAGCGGACAUCAAAUACGUAGGCUGGCUGACCCAAUCGGCCAGCAAAAAGACGGCAUCAUCAGUGGUCGUGGAGCUCUCAAGGGCAGAAGACGCCAACAAACUGAUUGACGAGGGACUCAUCUGGCAAGGCCAGGUGUUCCAAUGCGAACGAUACGAUAGACAGUGCCGUCUGAGGCAGUGUUUCAAGUGCUGCGCAUACGGCCACAUAGGAACCCAAUGCAAGGCAACGACAACAUGCGGCUAC